AAACAGACAGAAGCUGAGAGGCAGAAGAUUAUGUCUGAGUUUGAGCAGCUGCAUCAGUUCCUGAGGGAACAAGAGCAACUCCUGCUGGCCCGGCUGGCAGAGCUGGACCGGGAGAUUGUGAAACUGCAGGAUGAAAAUGUCAUCAGACUCUCCAAGGAGAUUUCCCGUCUCAGUGAGCAGAUCAGUGAGCUGGAGGGGAAGUGCCGGCAGCCAGCCAGUGAAUUCCUGCAGGACAUCAGAAGCACCAUGAGCAGGUCUGAGGAGGGGAAGUUCCAGCAGCUGCUGGAGGCUUCUUCUGAGCUGGAAAGGAGCCUCAGCAAUUUCUGUCAGAAAAAUAUUGCUGUAAAGCUGACCCUGAACAAACUGAAAGAUGUUCUGCCAUUGGAACUGAAGACAGGAAAGGGGAAAUCCAUGGGAUCAGAUGAGAAGGCGAGUGUGACUCUGGAUCCAGACACGGCUCAUCCCCGGCUUCUCCUGUCUGUGGAUCGGAAAAUUUUGACCUGGGACGUCAUACGGCUGAACCGUCCUGAACAUCCCCAGAGAUUUGAUUCGUCUCCUUGUGUGCUGGGCUGUGAGGGAUUCACCUCAGGGAGACAUUGCUGGGAGGUGGAGGUGGGGCAUGGGACAGCCUGGGCUGUGGGGGUGGCCAGAGAGUCUGUGAAGAGAAAGGAGGAGCUCAGUGCGGCACCUGAGGGGGGGAUCUGGGCUGUGCAGAGGUGGGGGUUCCAGUUCCAGGCUCUCACCUCCCCUCCAACCCCCCUGUCUCUGAGCUGCGUCCCCAGCAGGAUCCAGGUGUCUCUGGACUGUGAACAGGGGCAGGUGGCAUUUUUCAGUGCUGAUAGCGAGGCCCCGAUCUUUACUUUCCCACCAACCUCAUUCACGGGGGAGAGACUCCGCCCUUUCUUCUGGGUCUGGGGUGUAGGUUCCCAACUCACUCUCUAUUCCUGAGGCACCCGGUGGCACAUGGCUCCCAGUCCCAUGAAACGAGCUUCUCCGGCCUCUGAUAUCCUAGUCUCUUUGGCCCUGCAUGGCUCCCAUGUUCUUGCAGAGACAUUUAAAUGCAAAGUGAACAGACCAGAAAAGCUGCUGUCUCUGCCCCAUCGUGGGUCUCUCCUGCUUGUCUCUGUCUCUCUCCCUCUGAAGGACCAUGACAGCCCUGCAAGGACUGGAAAAUAGGGGUUCACAGCUUGCCUGUC